CUAAGCUCUGUAUUGAUUGGUUCACGAGGGCAGCAGGAGUAGGAGCAGCAGCAGCGGUGGUGGUGGUGGUUGUGGCAACACGUGGCCUCCACCACAGUCGCCACAGCCACGCGGCCACAGCACCACCACUGCCACCAGCUGCCGCCACACACACACACGCACACACACACAUGCUCACAAACACACAGACGCCGCCAGCACACCUCUCAUGGCACUGCCUUGCUAUCACACUGCCGGCGGCCCCCACGAGUGCCAGGUGCCACACUAGCUAAAUGGCAUCCUGCAGGGCCAGGCAGCAUCCCUGGAAUCUCACCUCCCACUAGUCAGCAAACUCGGCAUCAUCUCCUGUGAUUAUCUCCCACAACUGACUUUCAGUGUUCUAUUUAAGGUUAAUAAUGUAUUAAUAUUUAAUGCUAGAUUACAGGCAAGAUGUGACCUCCGUAAAACAGUGCUGUGCAAGUGUUGUGGAAAUACUGGGAGUGUUGGUGUAUUGGAAGUGUUGGAGGAGUGUUGGAUUAAGUGUUGGAGAUACGGGUGAGGCCACCGUUCCUCCCCAGUGACUUGAAAACUUAACUGGUAUGAAGUGUGAAUGCGGCAGCCUGCUGCCUCACGCCCAGCUACUAGUCAGCCUUCAGGCUUACUAGCAAAAUUCUUGUUGUAGUGGCGAAGCCUACAACGCACUAGUAAGCUUCUUCCCCCUCACUAGUGAAGCCUCAGACCCACUAACCAAGUUAUCCCUGGCACUAGUUAAGUCUCUGAGGCACCGGACAAGUGUUGACAAUGUGACAACUCUGGUCAACUUGAAGAUUCAUCAGUGUGAGGACGUGAAGACUAUAGUGACCCCCUAGUGCCAGGUGGUCACCCCAGAGUGCCACUAAGUGACCUCAGAGUGCCAAGUGAUGAUGGUGGUGGAGGAGGUUGUCUUCUCCCCUGAUCCUUGCUAGGUCAUCCAGGGUCACCAGUGCCAGGUUACCCCCAGUUAGCAGGACCAAGACGAAGGCACCACAAGAUUACCCGCAGCUUCUAGCUGCCGAGUGUGUGGGUGUGUGUGCGUGAGGGUCACGUCGCCACCCUGGAGGCGGAGCCAGCAAGUCUCGGCUGGAAGGGCCCCCCAGGACCCCCCUCAGAGCCACACGGUCCUCCCUCUGUUGGUCCCACGGGGUUCCCUAACCCUGCCACACCAAAUACCUUUUCUGGGCCGUCCACUCCAACAUUUAACCCUCCUGGUCCCACACUGAACCGACCCUCCCCGGGUCCUCCAACUGGUCCUCAAGGCCCUGCCUCGAAUCCUAGCAAUUUUACUACGGGCCCAGGUGGCCCACAACCCUUCAACACGCCUCCCAACAGUUUUUCGGGGCCGCCCACCUCAGGCCCCCCCUCGGUUCCUUUUCCGGGCUCCCCUGCACCUUCAAAUGCCUCCACUCCUGGUCCGGGAGGUCCCUCUCCCUUCCCUGGUGCCCCUGGCGGAGGCCCUCCUACAAGUAUGGCAGCAGCCAACAUGGCUGGACCAGGCCCAUCACCAAUGCCUUUUCCCUGUUCCUCUAACUACAGUAGUCCCACACCCUCGGCACCCCACAUGAAUGGCCCUAACACUACCAUGGGCAUGUUGGGACAGCAACAGGCUCAACUAAUUAAUGGUCCACCUGGUCAUCCUGGACCAUUCCCAGGCCAUGGAGGUCCAGGAUUUACGGGUCCUGGAGGACCAUUUGGCCCUGGUGGUCCACCGUUUGGACCAGGGGGUCCACCUGGGGGCCCUCCCAUGCAUGGUCCUAUGCAUGGUCCCAUGCAUGGACCUGGCCCACACCCAAUGAUGGGGCAGCUUGGCCCUAUGGACCGGAUAGAUCAAGGCCAGGUUGCACUGAACGUCUCAAAAGUACUUUCACAAGCUAACACCAGAGUUGCCAUCGCUUCACUUCAAUAAAGGAUCUAACCAGGACAAAAUCCAAGCACCACGAACCAGUCA